GUAUUUUUUGGCAUUUGCACACCAAAUUUCUUGUAUCAUAUAUACUUCUCUAUGUAAUAUAAAUAUGCCUAGUGCAAAUAUAGCUUUGGUUUAAGGCACUUUCUUUCUUCUGAUCAAGAAUGGAAAAUUACAGAAUGGAUUUGCUUUGUCUGUCAAUGGGGAUUUUUCUUCUUCUUUGCGCUAAAGCUGAUGCUUAUGACUACAACCCAUUAGGAAAUGUGAAUCUGAGUCCAUUUUCGCAGAUGAGAAGCGCAUGGGAAUGCAUGCAGAAUUUCUCAGAAGCAUGCACAUCAUCAAAGGAUGUGCUAAAACUAGAAGGAGUGGUGAAUGUAAGCAAAGCUGAGGUUCCAGAGUACUGUAAAUCUGGUGGGUGUGGAGAACAUACCAAACAUGUGCUAACUUGUGUCUUUUAUGUCAAAAGAGACUUCACGUUCGCCAAUGGUGCCACUGUUCACAACAUCACCGGCACCAUUGAACGAGGAUGUACCACCAAUUCAAGUAAGUUUUUAGCCGUUUGA